AUGCGUUCGCACAUUCUUUCGGGCGCCUUUUUGCCCAUGGCGACUCUGGCGGCCAACUCGUCGUCGACGCCGUGUAAAUGCUUCCCCGGCGACGCGUGCUGGCCCUCGCAGACGCAGUGGGAUCUGCUGAAUACCACCGUGUCGGGUCGAUUGGUCGCAACCACUCCCUUGGGUUCCCCGUGCCAUGACCCAACAUAUGACGCCGAGACGUGUGCUAGUCUACAAGAUCAAUGGCUCUAUUCUGGCAUCCACAUGAGCUCGUCCUCUUCAGUCAUGGCACCUCUCUUUGCCAAUCAAAGCUGUGAUCCCUUUACUGCAGAAUAUGUUCCUUGCACCCUGGGAAAUUAUGUUCGCUAUGCUGUCAAUGCCACCGGCCCCGAAGACAUCAUCGCAGCAGUCGAAUUCGCCAAGGAGAAGAACAUUCGCUUGGUGAUACGCAACACUGGCCAUGAUUACCUCGGACGAUCGACUGGUGCUGGGUCCCUUGGGGUCUGGACCCAUUACCUCAAGAGUAUCGAGUCUCUGGAUUGGACCGACGACGGCUCCUACACGGGCAAGGCCCUCAAGGUGGGAGCUGGCGUGCAAGGGUUCGAAGCGCUAGCUGCGGCACAGCAGCUCGGGCUCGUCAUGGUCACUGGCGAAUGUCCCACCGUCGGUCUGGCCGGUGGUUAUACUCAGGGUGGCGGCCACUCGGCCCUGAGCACUGUGUUUGGCCUUGCUGCCGAUAAUACGCUCUCCUUUGACGUGGUGACGGCCGCAGGGGAGCUCGUCACGGCGAGUCGAACACAAAACACUGACCUCUACUGGGCCCUCAGCGGUGGAGGCGGAGGCAACUAUGGUGUCGUCGUCUCAUUGACUGUACAAGCUCACCCCGACACUACGAUUUCUGGUGUUUCCUUGGUCAUCUCGGCCGAUGCCAACCAGACGACUGAUCAGAUUUUUGAUGCCGUAGACGCUUACCACGAAUCUGUCAUUGACAUUGUAGACUCGGGUGUCAUGUCAAUCUACUACUUCGGUACCGGUUUCCUGCAGUUGCCUGCUGUCACGGCUUACAACAAGACCAAAGACGAGCUCGAACAGAUUAUAUCGCCCUUUGUAUCAAGGGUCGAAUCGCUGGGACUUGCCUAUACGAUCAACUAUACUGAAUUCUCUUCAUACUACGAUCAUUACGAUCAUUACUGGGGCCCACUGCCUUUAGGCAACAUCCAAGUCGGAACGUCUCUAUACGGAGGUCGCUUGAUUUUGAGAGAUCAGAUUGGGGGUAUCAGUCAGGCCUCACGCGAUCUCGCGGCAGAAGGUACCACAUUCAUUGGCGUGAGCACCAACGUGUCUCGAUUCGGUGGGGACAACGCGGUACUGCCGCAGUGGAGAGAGACCAUUGUGCACGCAACACUCGCCCUGCCCUGGAACAAUAGCGCGCCGUGGUCCGACGAUCUCGCACAGCAAGCCCACGUUACCGACGUUGUGGUGCCCAUCAUCGAGACAGUGACGCCUGGUAGUGGCGCUUAUAUGAAUGAGGCAGACUGGGCACAGCCCGACUUCCAGGAAGUGUUCUUUGGCAGCAAUUACGAGACCCUUUUGCAAAUCAAGGACAAGUGGGAUCCUUCUGAUCUCUUUUACGCUACUGCUGCGGUUGGCAGUGAUGCUUAUACUGUUACUUCUGAUGGCCGCCUAUGUUCAGUCUCACAAAGCUGA